GGAGAGGCGCCCUGUGUGGGCUCAGCGCGGGCGGUGGUGCGAGGGGCUCAGGCGGAGACAUGUCCUCGGGGGUGGCCGCGCGUUGCGACGCCAAGAAGCUUGUGCGCUCGCCCAGCGGCCUGCGCAUGGUGCCAGAGCACCGCGCCUUCGGAAGCCCGUUCGGCUUGGAGGAGCCGCAGUGGGUCCCGGACAAGGAGUGUCCAAGAUGUAUGCAGUGUGAUGCCAAAUUUGACUUUAUCACCAGAAAGCACCACUGCCGCCGCUGUGGGAAAUGCUUCUGCGACAGGUGCUGCAGCCAGAAGGUGCCGCUCCGGCGCAUGUGCUUCGUGGACCCAGUGCGCCAGUGUGCCGAAUGUGCCCUGGUGUCUCACCGCGAGGCUGAGUUUUAUGACAAGCAGCUCAAGGUGCUCCUAAGUGGAGCUACCUUCCUUGUUACUUUUGGGGACUCAGAGAAGCCUGAGACCAUGGUUUGUCGUCUUUCCAACAAUCAGAGAUGCUUGAUUCUGGAUGGGGACAGCCAUCAUGAAAUUGAGAUUGCACAUGUCUGUACGGUGCAGAUUCUCACAGAAGGCUUCACUCCUGGAGUAGAAAAAGACAUUCACACUUACACCAGCCUCCUGGGGAGCCUGCCUGCCUCUGAAGCAGGCAGCACUCGAGCCACAGGGAUGUCCCUGCAGUACACAGUGCCAGGGGCAGAGGCUGCAGCGCAGCUGAAGCUGAUGGCUGGCGAGGAUGCAAAUGGCAGCAAGAGGCAGGCCGCAGCAUGGCUGGCAGCCAUGCACAAGGUACCACGGGCAGGGUCGGGGAGACUGAGCUCAUGGGAUUAGAGACGAGUGUGGAUUUCCCAAAAGGUUGCCACAUAACUGGGGUGCCCCUAGUUACUCCCCUAAAAGGCACAUGGGCUCAUCUCUGGUCAGGCCAGAACCAAUCAUGCUUUCUGGUAUUCUGCAGGCUACCAAGCUCCUCUAUGAAUCACGAGACCAGUAACUGCAAGGGAACUGAGCUCAGCACAUCAGGUUACAAAGUCCAAGCUGCUUGCCCCUGCCUGAGCACUCAGGGCUCUGCUCUGUGUGUGCUUGGAAAUGCAACUCAAGUACCUGGAAGCAGUGUUCGCUUAUCUAGUGCAAUAUGUACACAGUUGACUAACGCUUUCAAGAGCUUACAUUGUAGCGUAUUGUUGGUACUUUCAGGGUUGGGAGAAGCUGCACUACAGUACUAAAUCCGUUUUAGUAUAACCUAUGCCAGGUUUAUUAGAGAUUUUUGGCCCUGUUCCCACAGAAACAAAUUAGGUGGUGGUCACUCAGGUCCCUGGUUUAGCAUUGGACCCUGCCUGUCUCCAGUAGCCCAUUUACAAUGCCUUAGCCUGUUUGACUCUCUGUUUAUUUUGUCACUAAUUUGGGGCAGUGAACAAUCCUUUUAUAUGUCACUAAGGGGAAGGCAUCACCUUUCUGUUUUCUACUUUUCACUUAUUCUUCACUUUAUUGAAAUGACUGUACAGUAAUUUGUAUAUAAAGUGUAUGAUUAAAACUUAUUUUGAAAGUACA